AUGAUGAAUGAAUCCUUCUAUAGAAUUUGUUUUUAGACCUUAAGAACGCUAUGCGAAUUAAAACUGAUAACAGAGUAAGAAAAGCUUUAUCUCAAGAAGAUAGUAGUUCAUCAAUAAUUUGAAAUUCCAGAAAAUUUAGAUAUUAACUACCUCUCUCUUUUAUUUUUAUUCCACAUAAAAAAACAAAGGAGAUAGUUAGAACUCAAAAAUGGCGAACUAUUAAUCAUAGAUGAAUAGACAGAUGAAGAAUAGGCAUGA